AGAAGAACCACACACACACAUUUCACAACACUUAUGAGCCGUCAAAGUAUUUUGCACGUUUUCUUGAAAUAAUUUAAAGACCAGACCAGAUUCCAGAACGAUAAAGCAUCCUAAACAGUGUGGCAAAAUGUCGAGUUUUACGUGUCUUAAUUGCGGUGUCCGUUUUGCGACGGCCGAAAUGCAGCGCGAACACUACAAAACCCACUGGCAUCGGUACAAUCUGAAGCGCAAGCUGGCCGAACUCCCGCCGGUGACGGUAGAGGAGUUUGAGAAACGUAUCAUCCAACAGAAAACAGAGGACGCAGCUGCUCAGGAAGACCAAUCGCUGUACUGCAAGGCCUGUCGGAAAGUUUUCAAGUCAAAGAACGCGCACGACAACCAUCUGGACAGCCGGAAGCACAAGGACAAUUUGCAGCAGUAUCUCGCCCAAAGCAAUGGCACGGCUGAUGGAGGACCGGGCAGCAGCUCGACCGCGAUGGAAGCAGAGCUGGAAGUAUCGGUCAAAUCGACACGCGCAGCAGCAAGAGCCGCAGCAGCGGCAGCCGCUGCCGAGGAGGAGGUCGAAGUUGAUGAGGCAAUGCUCGGGGACGAUGAUUCGGACGGCUGGGAGGACGUGGAGUUUGAAAAUCCGAUCGAACGCAACGAUUGCAUCUUCUGUCCGCACCACAGUGAAGAUCUGCUGGAAAACAUCAAGCACAUGUCGGUCACCCACUCGUUCUUCAUUCCGGACGCUGAGUUUUGCAUCGAUGUGGAGGGACUGCUUACCUACCUGGCGGAGAAGGUGUGCCGAGACUUUAUCUGUCUGUGGUGCAACGAGAAGGGUCGAACAUUCUAUUCGCUGGACGCGGUGCGCAACCACAUGACGGAAAAGGUGCACUGUAAAAUGUUGCACGAGGGAGCAGCAUUGGCAGAGUACGUCGAUUUCUAUGACUACAGCAGCAGCUACCCGGACCACGAGGACGGUAUGGACGUGGAUGCGGAGAUAGACACACCGUCCGGCCUGGAUGGGGACGAGUAUCAGCUGGUGCUACCGUCGGGCAAUGUGAUAGGACAUCGUUCACUGUUACGUUACUACAAACAGCGCAUCAACCCGAACCGAGCAGUGGUGGUAAAGAAAUCGACACAGCGUCUGCACAAGGUUCUGGCCCAGUAUCGAUCGCUCGGCUGGACGUCCACCCAGCAGGAGGCGGCGGCAAGGAACGCUCGCGAUAUGCACGUCAUGAAGCGACAGCACGCCAAACUGAUGCAGCAGGUGGGCGUGAAGGCGAACAAACUGCAGCACCACUUCCGGCAGCAGGUUAACUUCUAAGUGAGAAUGUAUGAUUGUUCCACAAUAAAAACGAAAACAACAAAAAGCACCACAUUAAUGCCA